GUGACGUAUAGCCCAAGCACGUUCACCAUUCUGUGCGGACAUGGACAAUCAAUAAACAACCUCAGUAAAGUGUCAACAAAUCCUAAUAUUCAACAUUUUAAAAGAUAUUUAAUAAAACUAUGGACUCCACAGCGACCAUUGGGGGGUUCAUAAAGAUGCUCACUGAGAUGGGCUUCGGUGAGGAUCAGAUACAGGCUGCCAUCCAAGCGGGUUUCUUCUCUGUGCAGGAAGCUGCUGAAUGGCUUCUGCAGGGUGGGAGUCCACGGCAUAAGCUGGUCAAUCAGCCAUCAGGGCCUCUGGAGACGCCAUUCUCUGCAUUUAAUGCUCCCAAAGAUGCUCUGCUCGCAAACAACAGCUCACAGUCUGAAGCAGCCGGUCCUUGUUUGGUUCUUGGACCCCCCUCAGCACAGGAACACCCACCACUGGAAACACGAAUCAAACAGGACAAAAGUAAUUUCCAUGAGCAACAGAGGCAAAAGGUGGCGCAAGAGGCGCGUGCGGAGAGAAGACAGAAGAAAGAGGAGCGCGAGUCGGUAUUAAAGAGGAUCGCAGAGGACCGCCGCACCCAACAGAUGAAGGCACAAUCGGAAGCCAUGGCUGAGACGUCUUCAUCCUGCGAACCAGGUCAAAGACUCGGUGGCCGCGUGGAGACAACCGUAGACAACCAUUGCAUCCUUAUGAUCCGUCUUCCCUCUGGGGAGUCGAUGCGUGAACGUUUCCCUGCAGACACGCCUCUAAGUCACGUUGUUGAGUACAUUGCUGGUCGACAUCCAUCACUCCCGGCCUUCUCUCUCCUACAAGGAUUCCCUCGGAAGCGCUUCGGUGAAUCGGAGCUUGCCUGUUCACUCCGGUUUCUGGGACUGACUCCCAACGCUGCCUUAUGUAUUCAGACCACGCCUCCUGAGACUCCUCAGGACCCGACUAGUCCAGCUUCCCAAUUGGGCGUUGUGGAACAAGCAGAGGUGGAACUACCAGAGCUGGCGAGACCACCCAAUGACCCUCUUCAAGAAGCGGCUGAAGCUGAGGAUGAUCUGGUGGUGCCUCCGCAGUUGCCCCGUGAGCUGUGGGAGGAGGCAGUGGGGUAUGCUGGGAUUCCUGGGGUUGAACCUCCAUUUGCAGAUCCGGCUCACCGCUGGGGACGAGGCCAGAAACUUGUCCCAGGUGAUGCCGAAGACGAAGAGCAUUCGGAAAAUGAAGCACAGCCAGAAGACGAAGUAGUACCUCCAUAUCAUCUCGAAGGAAUGCCGCAGUUGCCCUUUUUCAUGGAUAACAGAGCUAGAGGGGCUCUGGAGCCCAGACAUCACUGGCCUGAACAGGGCAACAGACUCAGCAACAGAGAGCCGGAGCCUGAAGUCCCGGCAGACCCUGAGGAGGAGCGUGGAUUGCGCGUGGCAGCGGGUCAGGCGGCGGUGGAGCGGUUACAGAGAGCCGCCCAUCAAGACGAACAGCAGUCACCGCACGGGCAGCCCCCACCCCCCAAGAAAUCUUUCAAGACACCUCGCGUUUCCACACUCUGCUCCAUGGCAACCAGAGCCACCGUUUCUCUCAUGACAGCUCCCAGCAUGCAGUACAGCAGUAGCCUGGCAUGUCUGACUCCAGAACUGGCCGAACUCUUGUUGACUCACAUGGCUCGCGAGCGUCUCCUCCGUCCACGCACGCUGGAGCUGUUCUUCGGCUGCCCGCUGCAGAAGUUUGUCCUCAACUGUUAUCCGUACACCACUAAUGAGAUGCUUCGGCAGCUGAGGGCCUUUUCCUGUCUGAAGCAUCUCAGCUUAGUCAACUCUCCUCUCAUUACAGACGCCGGUCUUUCUGUUCUCUCCAACCUCACAAAACUACAGCAUCUCAACCUGUCUUCCUGCUGCAAGCUAACAGACAGCUGUCUGCAGCACAUCGCAGGACUCCACAGUUUGACGUUUUUGUCUCUGGAUCAGACUAAAGUAAGCGACGCAGGGAUGGUGAUGUAUCUACAGUCAGGUUCCCCUGUACUCUGCCAGCUGAGUCUGAAUCAGACAGUAAUCACUGAUAACACGCUAACAGUUCUGCCCACGUGUGCACCGCAGCUACGGAUGCUGAGCAUCAAACACACAAAAGUGAGGGAUGUGUCUGCGCUCGCCGAGCUCCGAAACCUGCAGACGCUUCACCUUGACAGCACAGGUGUGCAGGAGAAUUCUCUCCAGCGCCUGGCAACCCACCCCAGCCUAUCAGCUCUCAGCCUGGCCGGCAUAGCGGUCGCUGAUGGAAACCACACGCUGGAGAUCAUUUCAGGUCUGAGUCUUACCCAGUUGACCCUGCCUGGACGACACUCUGUGACAGACAUUGGACUUUCAUUUCUCUCCAAACAGACUUUUCUCUUAGAGCUCGACCUGACAGAUUACACUCAGGUCACAGACCAUGGCAUCAUGAAGCUCUCCAGCAUGACCAGGUUGAAGAGGCUGUCUCUUAGCAACACUCAGGUGAGUGAUGCUGGGCUGCAAGGAUUGGUCAGUCUAAAAGAACUCCAGGAACUGUGUCUGGACCGGACUGCAGUCACCAGCAGAGGCGUGGCCAACCUAGUCAUUCAUUUACCACAUCUGCAGGUAAUGGGUUUGGCUAGCACACAAGUGGGUGAUACGGUGAUCAGACGAGGUUUAGUACACUGUCCUCAGCUGCUUAAAGUCAACCUCAGCAAAACCAGAAUCACAGAUCAAGGUCUGAAGUUUCUGUGUCGUAUGCAGUUAAGUCAAGUGAAUUUGGAUAGUACGGGUGUGACUCUAGUUGGCAUUGCCAAUCUGAUCUCCGCCUGCCAUCAUUUGACAAGCGUCCGGGCCAGCAAUACCCGCGCAAUACCGCCAGACCAGCAGUCUGACGACGACGACAUCGAAUAAUGACAACAGUGCACCCAGUGCAUUAUGAUCCUAGUAUUCUUAUUUUGGCAUCUGUUUAACGGUGGGGAGAGAUUAGUACCAAGAUGAAGAAACUCAAAUCCCACUUGAGAUCGACAAUCAAGUUGAAUGUUAUUGCUAAACAAGUUGAUCUGGAAUUUUAACAUGCACGGUUUUGCAUUUUCAUGUACUUUUUCAAAAUAUGAUUUAAAAAUGCAAUUUAGUAAUAAUGACCCUUCUACAGCAGGACCCAGAUUAUGAUGAUCACAUUUUUUUGCAUGACAGAUGUUGAAUCUUUUACCCGGUGAGAGCAUUUUGGCAUAACUGGUUUAAUUUGAAAAGAAUAUAAUUUAAAAACUAGAUGAAAAGUAAUAUUAGUUAUUAACGAACUGUUUAAGUAAAUAUAUUUUGGAUACUUGCAUUGCUUAGAAUGAUUGAUAAACUGGAAGGUCAUUUAGUUCAGGGAUUACGUACCAAAGUUUGCAUUGAGUGUUAAGCAUGUUACCGAAUCCAUAAGAAGUUUGAUUUUAAAUGCGUGCUGCUUUUGAAAUGGUCCCAUAUGUCUGUUCCUGUUGAAUGUACAUGUGUUAUUAUAUCUGAAACUAACUGGAAAAAGGUUAGCCUGUUAACAAAGUCUGUGUUUCUGUCAAAUUACAAACAUCUGUCCUUAACCAACAACAUUUGAAUUUAAUAAUAAUUGAACAGGUGACAAAAAAACAUCUAUACAGUAAAAAUGCAAACGGGAGUAAAAUGGUUCUUGGGAAACCAAAUAAAGCAUCACAUCAUUGGCAUUCGACUGUUUCUGUAGGAACUCAUGCAUCAGGCUUGCAUUUAUGCAUUUGAUUUGUUCCUUUAAACAUCUGAAUGCAAUAACAUUUGAAAAUAAUAAAACGAUAACAAUAUUCAAUCACAUCUGGAGGAAAGGUCUGCAUGGGAAUAUCUCAAUCUGAACAUAAACACCUCAAAUGCAAGGAGCUGUUUUGUCUUGGAUUUAACUCGAAGGUUUGUGUUGAAAUUGUUGCGUAUAUGUACGCUUCUCAUGAAAUGCAAAACUCUUCAUUUAAAAUGCCAUGAUAACCACAAUUAGAUUUUCUAUAUGCAUGUUCAUAUGGACAUUUCUCUGACAUUAACCCAUCGAAUGCUCCUCAGUGUUUAGAAAAUGUUGGUUCUGUGCAUACUGUAUGCAUUUCUAGAUUGUCUCAAAAUGUUAUAAGACGUAACCAAAAAAUUAACAACAUUUUGUUUGGAAAACCUACUACUGUAACCCAAAUUCACAGAACAGCAACCUUGUGUGUGUGUGUGAUGCAUGUUGUGCUAUUCAUUCAGUCUGUUUGAAAUAUACUUUGAAAUGUUUUUCUGUGUUAAUAGAACGUGUACAGUUUAUUUUCUAGAAAACUAGGAUGUUUUAAGACUAUUUUGUACUUCAGGCUUACACCAUUAAUAAAAUGACAUUUUACAAUGUU